AGACGCCGGCCGGUGUCGGGAGCCGAGUGCGGAGUGGCGGCUUCAGUGCGCGCUGUGCGGUGAGAGCGGGGCGCCGGGUGCGGGGACUGCGGGUCGUUUUCAGGCAUAUCUCUUUCCUAUCUAGUUUCUGGUUCGCCUCCUCCGUGUCGAAGCGGUUCUCACGGGCGGCCUUGCAGGCCUCGGCACCAUGUCGUCCGGUCACGAACCUGUGUACCCUGAGUAUGAGACUGAAACCAGCCAGACAUCGAAGCUGCUACGGAAAUUCAAGGAGACGCCGUUUGUACCGAUUGGGAUGGCUGGCUUUGCCGUGGUGGUGGGCUAUGGGCUGUACAAACUGAAGCACCGGGGGAACACAAAGAUGUCGCUUCACCUGAUUCACAUGCGUGUGGCAGCGCAGGGUUUCGUUGUGGGAGCAAUAACGUGUGGUGUGCUGUAUUCCAUGUUUCGGGAGCAUGUGAUAAAGCCUAAGGAGUAAUGGAAGGAUUACCUAAAUCUGUCCCAGUGGUGGCCUGUGUACUGCAUCUAUAAACCUCAUAUCAAGGGGUUCUUGAGGAAAAAAUAUAUUGUUUUAGAGAAUUGCCCUUUAUUUUUGUAUGUGGUACGCUGUUCUGAGGCUGGCAGCCUAAAUGAUCCCAUACUAGGCAAAUGGGUAUGGCAGUCUGGUUCUCUUUGAUUGGCACUAUCAUACCUUGCUUUUUAGGGGAUAUAGUGGACCACCCCAUAUUCUUCCCCUUGGCUGUUUUACUCGGUCCUACAAUUGGUGACUUCUCUUGCUGCCAUUGCCCAAAAUGACAAAGUCUGAGCUAGGCCUCAGCCAGGGUGUAGAGGCUGUGUCUGUAAGAUAGCAUUGUAUUUUCAUGUCAUUUUCUGUCCUGUGUAUUUGCCAGCCUCCAGCUUUGUAAUUUAGAAGCUUCUAGCAGCACUGAUUUCUAAAACAGAGAGAUCUAUAAACAUCUAUUUUAUUUUUUUAUUUAAGGCGUGAGGUUAUCUGGUGUGUUUCAGCUAUUUAAAUGUUAUAUUUAUUCAUCGUUAAUGAAGACACGGGCUCCCUAUUUUUACCAUGGGCUUUCAGACCCUUGGAUUACUGUGUUUUGUAACUUUAUUUAGUGUUCUUCUGGCUAAUAUUUAAAUGUAACAUUUAAAGUAUGUCUGGGUUGGCAUUCUAAUGCUUUUAAGUGUGAUCUAGCUCUGACUUAUGCAGUAAUGUUUUCCCAUAGAAAUUUUGAAGUAUUUGCAUCUGAAAAGCCCCUUGGGUGAGGUGUAAAACCUUUGCAAACUGCCAAUGUGAUUUUAUGCAGGAACCCCCUUGUAUCUCUAACAGCAGUCACAAAAAUAAAUGUGUUAAUGAAGUGAGUUGGUUAAAAAAAAAAAAAAACUGACUUUCUCUGACUAGCCUACAUUCCAUCGUGCCAAUAUGAUGUCGAACAACUAAAACAAGGCGUGCCCUCCUGCUCUGUGAUGUGCUGGGGGGAGGAGUGUGUGAUGCAAUGUGAAUAAACAGCUGAGAGCACUGCAGAUAA